UCGAGGUGCAUUGUGGGGAGGAAAGUCGUUGCCAUUCGACCUCUGCGGGGCCUGCGCGGACGCAGCGAGAACCCAGAAAUUCAUUAUGCGUUUAAAAGCUUUAUUAAUUUCCGCAUAACCGACAUUCUCUCACCGCGGAGGGCGGAGGACGAGCAGCGACGGCCGGCCAUCUCUUUCGGGUGGGAGAGGAGCCUGAAUAAAAAAAAGAUUACAUUACUGCCGUGGCGGGGAGACUGUUGAGGAUUUUAUUAUAAGAGACAAAAAAAAACAUGUCCGGGGAGAGAAACCGCAGGUCGCUGGCGUUCCGAGGCGGUGGAUUAGCCCCGAUAGCGGGCUCCGGAGGCGUCGGUGGGGGGAACAGCUGGGAGGCCCCGGCCUGUCAGGACCAACAUUUUAACGGCAACCGGCUGAACCCGGACGACGACGGGGACCUCGGAGCGAAGGGACCAACGCGGAAGCGAGUGGAGGGCGCCGGGUCGGUAAGCGACAGCACGGAGCCCGAGGCGGAGGAGGAAGAGGACGCGGAGAAAGCAGCCGGGAACGCAGGCUCGGAGCUGGAAGCGGCGAACGGUUUCAGGGAGGCAGCGGCGGCGGGCGGCGACGGAGCCGAGUCCGGCAGCGGCGAGGCGGCGCCCAGGAAGUGCGGCGUGGAGAUGAGACCCCAGACGCUGCUCCAGAAGCACUCGCUCUUCCACGCGUCGUGGCUCCGGGAGUUCCCGUGGCUUAAGUUCUGCCAGGAGACGGGGCUCAUGUCGUGCUCCUGGUGCCACGACGCGGCCACCAGAAACGGCGACGAGCUCAUCAAAGGCAGCCGAAACUACAAGAGGGCCUUGCUGCUCCGACAUCACCUGUCGUCCGAGCACGGCAGGAAUUACCCCGGCAAGCAGAAGGAGACGGGGAGGCCCGCCGACAACGCCAGCCCGUCCACCAACUCUUCCGACGAAGACUUCCGCAACAAGCCCCAUGAGAACUCGUACUGCUACCAGCUGCUCCAGGAGUUGGACAAGCAGCGCAAGAGUGGCAUCCUUUGCGAUGUCAACAUCGUCGUCUCGGGCCAAGUGUUCCGCGCGCACAAAAACAUCCUGGUGGCAGGCAGCCGCUACUUCAAAACCCUCUACUGUCUGACCCAGACCGAGCCCCAGGACCAGGCCACUGUUACGCACCUGGACAUGGCUGCCAUCCAGGGUUUCUCGGUCAUUCUGGACUUCCUCUACUCGGGGAACUUGCUGCUCACGAGCCAAAACGCCAUCGAGGUCAUGUCGGUGGCGAGUUACCUCCAGAUGACCGAGGUGGUGCACUCGUGCCGGGCAUUCAUCAAGGAUGCCCUCAACAUCAGCAUCAAGCAGGAGGCCCCCGACUCGGUUGUAGUGGACUACAACAAGAGGCAAACGGUGGCCAAAGACGGGCACCGUGGUUCGGACCGGAAGCCGACCAACUUCUGGGCGACGAGCAUCCUGUCCAAGUUGUCAAUCAAAGCCAGCAACAACCAAGGAAAAGAGGCCGCGACGGAGGACGAGGAAGACUGCGGCAGAGUAAAGGAGGAGUCCAGCGACAUCGAGGUGACGACGGUCGGUGGUGAGGGCUGUGCCCUGGUGCCCCCGCGGAGCUGGAGCCAACACAACGACAACUCCUCUGAUUCAGCAGAGACCAACGAGCCGCGCUCGGCAGGUGCCCAAGUGUUCGUCUGGAACGAGUCGGCCACGGACGGUGGCACAGGUGCAGAGAUAAAACGCGAGGCGCCGGACGCUGCUGCCGGGAGCGGACGCCGGAAAAAGCAGACCACCACGCGGAGGUUCGUCUACAACUUCCCGCCAGAGCCUGAGGAGGGCUUCGACGAGGGGAUGUUCAUCCAGCCGUCAGCUUCUUACCCCAGAGAGGACUUCUCUUCACUCUCAGAAAACGCCGAGCUGGCCAAUCAGAUCCAGUAUAGCAUCAUCCAGCAAGGGGAAUCCUGGGAGAAUGGCGAGUCGCCGCUCCUCGCCAUCAACAAGCUCAAGUGCCCCCACUGUAACUAUAUCGCCAAGCACCGGCGCACGCUCAAGAGGCACCUGGUCAUCCACUCGGGCGUGCGCUCCUUCAGCUGUGACAUCUGCGGAAAGCUGUUCACUCGCCGUGAGCACGUCAAGAGACAUUCCCUGGUGCACAAGAAGGACAAAAAGUACAAGUGCAUGGUGUGCAAGAAGAUCUUCAUGCUGGCCGCCAGUGUGGGUAUCCGCCACGGCUCGCGGCGCUACGGCGUGUGCGUGGACUGCGCCGACUCACACCAGGCCACCCAGGAGGGUCUGGAGGCCAUGGAGGCCAUGGAGUUCCCCCGCGACGACGACUUCGAGGGUGAGGAGGGCGAGGACCUGGAGGGGGAGGAGCCUGCUGACAACGACCAAUCAAAUUGGGCAGAGGGCAACGCUGGUGCUGCCCUGCAGGAGGACAAAGAGUUUUAAAUGAAUCGGUGUUUAAUAUAUGUGUGCUACAAAAGACGACAAGCUGGUAAACAAUCAACUCCAAAGUGCUAUCAAACCUUGAGGUUGCUUAAUUGUGCGAGUUUGACAACGAUUUGAAAAAGCUUUGGUAGCGUGGUAACCCCGCCAUGUACAGAUUUUAUUAUUAUUAAUAUUAUUGAUGCCCACAAGAGAAAGAUUCUAAGAUAAAUCAGGUUUUUUUUGUUCUUUGGUGAUGUAUUUUUAUUAUUUCCUGUUAAGUGGGCAGGGUGACGUAGACGUGGGGUUAGGCCAAUCAUUUAAAAAAAAAAGUUAAUUAUUUAAUUUAAGAAGAGAGUGAAAGAGAAAGUUAUUAUGGUCUUAUCAGAUAAUCUAAUUGUUAUUUCUGUUUUGUUUUUUCUUGUGUAGAUGGUGUUUAGGUGCGCUCACUAUGUUCUGUAUUUUUGUUUAUAAUUAUGCGUUUUUUUUUUUUUUGCUUUCCCUGCACAAAUCUUGGAACCAAAAAAUCUGUUUCGUGACUCUAAUGUAUCUCAGCCAUAUUUAUGAUAUUUAAAAAGCUUAGGGGCUGUGACGUUGUGCCAAACAGACCGCACACCAAGAUUUAGCAGGAGAACGAAAAGAAAAUAAUUCAAAACUACUGAAUACGCUUAAAAGAAAAGACACCUUUUUAAAGAUACAUAUGUAUAUUAAAACAAAUCUAUAAAGUGCAAGGGGGAACUAUUCUAGUUAGCUUUAUACAAAUCACCGCGUCACAGUAACACUUUAUUGUCGAUGAAACAAAAAGCAUUUGACCUUCACUUAAAGCUUGAAUUGUUUGUUUUUUUGCCAAAUGAUUUGGUGCUGUAAUGAAUGCUUUAGUGGCAGAAAUACUGGACCUACACAGUCAGGCUUAUGGCAGGGGUGUCCAAACGUGAUGUUGAAGGAUAGGGAGCAGGGGCACUUUGAUAUUAUUUACUUUGUUCUUAUUCAAUUUAAGGCGCAAAAAACAAUCCAGUGUAGGCUAAGUUAUGCUCAGCCAGGGUGUGACACAUUGAGUGUUAAAACUGAAUUCCCAGAAGAUUUAGUGUGCUGUUUUUCGCACAAACUAAAAAUUAUAUUUAAGUUAGCUUAGCGGCCUUUGAAAAUCAUUUUUUUAUUUGUUUUGCUCAAGUUGCUGCAGCUCAGGGGAGGUUUGCCUAUACCCCUACGCUUAAGUUUUACGUAGCGUGGCCCUAAAUUCUUUUUUGUAAAGUGAUGCGGGCGGUAUUUAAUUUUAUUUCCAGAACACGCCCGCCGCAAAUGAGAUUUGGACACCCCUAGCUUAUGAUUCUUGUCGUCAUAACUGACUACGCUUCACCUCCUAUACAACACUGGCGACUAUCAGGUAAUCUUUGCCAUGCUUUUAACCUUUUUAUAAGUAGAUAGAACUACCGGCAGUACUUUUUAACGAGGACCUAAGUGGACGUCUUUAUUUUUGGUAAUAGUUUAUAUAUAUAUAUAUAUAUAUAUAUAUAUAUAUAUAUAUGUAUGUGUGUGUGUGUGUGUGUGUGUAUGUAUAUAUA